AUGGCCCUAUACGGCCAAACCGCGGAUUUCCUUUCCGAAUCCUUCUCCAACCAUAAGAACCAUAUACCUUUGCUAGCAGUUGCGGGUGCCUCAUUCACACUGGGACUCUUUGCUCGGUCUCUUCUCUCGGGAGGCGAAAUACGCCCGACCAUCCUCCCCUCUCCUCGAUCGACUCUUCUGCCUAGCAUUUCGGAGGCAGAGAAUCGCCAACUUCCGCUCCCAACGGAUGUCCUACCCGGUGCGCGUGAUGUAGCUACGCCUUAUGGUUCUAUCCGAGUAUAUGAAUUUGGCCCGGAAACUGGUACCAAGGUGCUGUUAGUGCACGGUAUCACAACACCCUGUAUUGCGCUAGGUGGAUUGGCCCAUGCGCUGGUCGAUCGGGGGUGCCGCGUGAUGCUUUUCGAUCUGUUUGGUCGAGGAUAUUCAGACUGCCCUGCAGAUCUCCCCCAAGACAACCGUCUUUUCACAACGCAGAUUCUGCUUGCUCUGGCCUCUUCACCCAUUUCUUGGACAGGUGCUGAGUCCGGUAAAUUCUGUCUUACGGGGUAUUCCUUGGGAGGCGGUAUUGCCGCAGGCUUUGCGGCCUACUUCCCCCAGCUUAUCUCGUCAUUGGUGCUCCUCGCACCUGCAGGCCUGAUUCGUGAUUCACAAGUCAGCUUCCAGAGUCGUCUUCUGUAUGACCGUGGCUUCAUGCCCGAGAAUUUGCUAGGAUACUUGGUUAGCCGUCGACUGCGGGCUGGACCCCUAGUCGGCCCCAAGCCCAAGAACCACAAGCUCAAUGCCUCAGAUGCGCUCACCGAGGAGUUGCCUUCACAGAAUGCUGCUGAAGGUCAGCGUCUCUCUCGGAAAUACCCCCACAUUAACGUCCCCUCUGCGGUGGCGUGGCAAGUUAAUAACCAUGGAGGGUUUGUCCACGCGUUCAUGUCGAGUAUGCGUCAUGGCCCAAUUUUGAGACACCGUCAAUGGAACACCUGGACACGUCUGGGUGAGUAUCUUGCCGUGCAGAACAGUGUCUCUAGUUGCGAAGAUAAGAGACCAUCUGACAACAAAGUUCACAUUCUCUGCGGCAAUAAUGAUUCAAUCAUUGUCAAAAGCGAGCUUGUUCCGGACGCCACGGCUGCCUUGGGUGGAAAUGCGGUUUUCAAGUUCUAUGAAGCUGGACACGAGUUCCCCAGUACCAAGUAUGAAGAGGUUGCUAGUUACAUUUUUGAAUUACUGUGA